AUGUUUUGCUACCAUCUAGCGCUGAAGGGGCGCGGCUUCCUCAGGUGCGCGAGGUUCCCCUCAGGACGCAUCGCAGCGCCACGCCCCCUGGUGGCUGACGGCGGCACGACACCCCUUUUUGCUGCACUACGCUUUACGGCGCUUUCGCGGCGGCGCGGAGCGGUGUUGCUUUACGGCAGCGCGGCGCUCCAGGCCGCGGGAUCCGCCGGGAUGAAGCAGAAAAGGAAAAAUGGGAAAGGGGAGCCGAGCCAGGCCGAGCUGAUGGUGAUGACCAUCGCUGACAUCAUACAGCAGCUCCUGGAGGCCCACGAGCAGGGAAAGGACGUGGAUCUCAACAAGCUGAAGACCAAAACCUCGGCCAGGUACGGGCUGUCGGCGCAGCCGCGCCUCGUCGACAUCAUCGCGGCCGUGCCGCCGCAGUUCCGGAAGGUUCUGCUGCCGAAGCUCAAGGCCAAGCCCAUCAGGACGGCCAGCGGGAUCGCCGUGGUGGCCGUGAUGUGCAAACCCCACCGGUGCCCCCACAUCAACUUCACGGGCAACAUCUGUCUGGCCAGGGACACCAACAGGGGUCACACGGUGAAGGCUGUGUGUGAGUCCUUCCACCUGGCCAAGGACGCUGGCUUCAAGGUGGUGGCACACAUGAUGCCAGACCUGCCCAACAUGGGGCUGGACAGGGACAUGGACCAGUUUUUUGAGUUUUUUGAGAACCCCGCCUUCCGCCCCGACGGGAUGAAGCUGUACCCCACGCUGGUGAUCCGCGGCACCGGGCUCUACGAGCUCUGGAAAACCGGGAGAUACCGGAGUUACCCCCCCAGCACCCUGGUGGAUCUGGUGGCCAGGAUCCUGGCCCUGGUGCCGCCCUGGACGCGCGUGUACCGUGUCCAGAGGGAUAUCCCGAUGCCUCUGGUGAGUUCUGGGGUGGAGCACGGGAACCUGAGGGAGCUCGCCCUGGCCAGGAUGAAGGACCUUGGGACACAGUGCCGCGACGUGAGGACGAGGGAGGUCGGAAUUCAGGAAAUCCACCACAAAGUCCGGCCCUACCAGGUGGAGCUGAUCCGCCGGGAUUACGUGGCCAACGGGGGCUGGGAGACGUUCCUGUCCUACGAGGAUCCGGAGCGGGACAUCCUGGUGGGGCUGCUCCGCCUGCGCCGCGGCUCCCCGCAGUCCUUCCGCCCCGAGCUCAAGGGCGGCGUCUCCAUCGUCCGGGAAUUGCACGUCUACGGCAGCGUGGUGCCCGUCAGCAGCCGGGAUCCCACCAAAUUCCAGCACCAGGGAUUUGGAAUGCUGCUGAUGGAGGAGGCGGAGAGGAUCGCCAGGGAGGAGCACGGGGCACGGAAAAUUGCCGUCAUUUCAGGUGUCGGCACCAGGAAUUACUACAGGAAGAUCGGCUACGAGCUGGAAGGGCCCUACAUGGUGAAAUGGCUGGAAUGAUGGUCCCGGAGAUCCUCAUCCUGGAGGAGCAGCAGGAAGGACACGACGCUCAUCCCGGGAAUAAAGCCCAGGAUUUGCUUCUGCCAGAGCACCAGAGUUGGACUUGAUGAUCCUGGUGGUCCCUCCUAAUUCCAUGAUUUUAGGAAACAGGGCAUCAUCUCCUCUGGGAGGAGCAUCCCUGGGACAUUCCAGGUGUCUCUUCACCUGGGUUAAUCCUGCUGCAUCCUCGGGAUGAGCUCCAGUGGUUGCAUUUGAGGGAUGAAUUUCAGGAUUCUGGGGUGUCCUGGUGGGAAAAAUGCCUUUUUUCCGCUGCUGUCAGCUUUUCCUGGUUCUGCGCCAAAACGGGGCGUGUCACUCGGGACGGGAAUAAAUUCCGCAUUUAUUUAUUUACACCGCCUCCGUCCAUCCCCAGCAAUUCCCAAAUUUGAUCCUUUCCCAGGAUC